AUGCCUCCACUUAGUCACCAGCAGCUUGCCGCCGCCGUCCUCAUGUUCCAUCGGCCAUCAAGAGUAUCGCCCAUGCAUGACGCCCGCCGUUCGCAACCUGAGUCUCGUCGCUAUGGACUCCCUCGCUCACCAACACUCGACAUCGUAGAUAGGUUUCCCCUCGUGGCCGUUGUCCAACACGACCCCUCUCAGCACCCGAAUGACCCACUUGGAGUUUGCCCUUGAUGCUUAGCAGCGCAUCCGCCCGAUUUGCAGUAGAUCCUUUGCGCGCCCGCUUGCUAGAACCUUGCCAGACUCGCGCUCCUUGUGCUUCCCUUCCUCUUCUCUACCGCUUCCCGACAUUAGCCAGACUGCUAAUCUUCGGUAGAGAACAGAUCGUCCAGCCGCACCGCCGUCUCGUCAGACCGCGUCUGUGCCGCCUUGCGACUUCUCCCAAUCGGACCGUCCGUUGCAACCGUAGCCACGUCGACGCGCCCAACAGUAGCCCCAGCGGUCGCUACACCCAGUUCCGAAAAGUUCCACGACCUACACUCUACACGCUCAACGCCCCUUUGCCACAAGAGAUCGAGAUCCUGGGCGCCAAGUACGGCUUGCGACACGAAUUCGAGACGCACUACUGCGCGGUGUGCGAUCGCGCCGGACACCAGUGGGGCGCUUGCAGGAAGCCGGUUUCGACUCCGGCCACCGCCGCCCCUGUUCCGGGGGCCUCGACCUCGACUUCGACUUCGACCACCGGCUUCCGAGUUGCUGGAAAAAUGGGAAGCACGGUGGGCCUGCCGCAUUGAACUCUCGUGUCUCUGGCGCGAACAUGAUCCAGCUGGGACCUCGUGCUAACCCCGCAGGUGCAGUAACCGCCAACAAGGACGACGCGAACGACGGCGACGACGAGUCGGUCGUUUCGACCGAACCGGAGGGCGGCGACACUGGGGAAGAGACGUCGACGCGUGCGACCCUGGGCUCAACAAAGGAGACGCAGACGACGACGGCGGCGCCCGUUUCGACCCCGACCUCUCCUUCGCCUUUGUCCGGUGGCACGUUGGGAUCAUCGGCAACCUCGACAACCUCCAUAGCCUCGACAAAUCCUCGACGCCUUCGUUCGAGCUCGGCACCCGGCAACCGACGUGUCACCCGGGCGGGAUCCGCCAUGAUCCUUGGUGCAUCAGUGUGA